GGUUAGGACGAAGUAUUAGAAUGAACAUAAAGAGACUGUAAACAACAAGGGUCAAUGAAAAAUAUGGAUUCAGUUUUAAAGAAAACUAAAUCUUCCUCUGCUCAAGAAUUUGUAAACAAUUUAUUAAAUGAAGGUGCAAAAUAUACUUGUGAUGACUUAUCGGAGGAUUUUCUUAAUCGUGAUGAUUUACCUUCAUUUUAUAAUGAGGAAAUAUUUAGAAGGGGUCAAAGAUUCUUCUACAAACAUGUAUUCGCAUUAUUAUUUUCCAAAAUCCUUGGGUUAAUAACUGUUUUGUCAGUGCCAUCAAUCCUGAAAGUAGUAAUUUUUACUAAGAUGUCAGGUACUGAGGUGACAGCUUACAAGAGGUACGCGGCAAAUAUUUUACACAUGAUGGUCUGGUAUGGUUCCGAUUUCAAACCUGGUUCCAAAUUGUGGAAGUCCAUUGCGAAUAUCAGAGAGCAACAUAAUUCGACAAGUAAUCGAAUCUGUUCGGCGGGGAUGAACAGAAUAACUCAAAAGGAUAUGGCUAUUGGCCAGUUCGCUUUUCUGGGGAUCUCUCUAUGUAGAAGUAAAACGCUGGGAAUCCAUAAGACUUCCAACCAAGAAUGGGAGGCAUUUAUCCACGUAUGGAGAGUUAUUGGAUAUCUAAUUGGCAUUGAAGAUAGGUUUAAUCUCUGCGAUGGGACCCUUGAAGAAGUUAGAGAAAGAUGCAAUAUUCUGAUGGUGCAAGUCUUCCGACCAAAUAUAGAGCAAAAGGAUGAAAAUUUCAUAAAAAUGUCACGUUACAUGGUCCACGGACUUUGGUGUAUAAACAUAUUGAUAAAAUUCGAGACGGUGAUGUAUUACUUGCAUAUACUAACGCAAAAUGAAAUUAGCAACAUGAAAUUGCAGUCGACAUGUUAUAAGUUGAAUUCAUCGCAAAAAUUUAAUUUAAAUUUGCUUAUAACAAUUGUGUACAUGCUCAGUUGGAAUUGGUUUAGGAUAUUCCUAAAUUAUUUCCAAAUUCUGUCAUUAUGGUUAAUGAAGGUCUUUCCAGUGUUAGCAGCUUACCAGUUUGGUUUAUCUAAUGCGCGAGUACGUAUUUUAUCCAAUAAUAAAACUAAUUAAAACGUGCCAUAACGUUGAGUUUUAAUAUCCAUUAAAUGUUA